UUUUUUCCAAAUAACUUUUUACUUCUCAAUGAAGACAAGGAACCAGAAUCCAAGGGUCGUUGUGCAAUGUUAAAUUCGCUUUGAUGCCUUAGAAUUGUAGCCAUUCUGGUAGAAUAUGCUUUGCGUAUAGAUAAAUAUACUAGUAAUAAUUGAUGAAUGCAUCGAUUGAAACGGAAAAGUGACCAAAGGAAUUGCAGUUGACUCCUUUGUUAAAUUGUAAUUGUGGGGUUUUCUUGCUGCUGAGGUUACGUAUAUGAAUGAUCAUAUAUAUCACUUUCUUUCUUUAUCUUUGAUGACAUUUGGGUUAAAAAUUUCUUUCAUUUUUUGAAUAUAAAAUACUUAUCUAUAGUCUUUUCUUGCGUGUUCAUCUCUGAAAAACCCACUUAUAAUUUCUUCUCCUUUUUGUCUUUUCUUGGAGCGUCUAAUUAUCGAAUCUCUACUUGUAUAGGAUUUUUUUUAAUUAACCAUUUGCAAAAAACUUUCCAAUGGUCGGUACCUUUGAACUGGUCACUACCAGCAGCCUUUCUGCAAUUUGUCAAAGUCUUUUUUUUUAUAUCAGUAAUUUUCCAUGGAAAUUUCGUUUAUCUGGAUCAGGAAGAGAUCAGUUUUUCUGUCAGUGAACUCUUGGAGUAGGUUAAUUUGUUAGAUUAUUAUUUUGGUUAUGGGAAGCAAAAGCUCGAAGGAUUCUAGUGGAAGAAGGUACCCAACAAGCAGGUCAGGUGGUUCAGAUGCAUGGAGUCAAGAAAAUUCUUAUCAUACGCAACAACAUCAUUAUGUUCCACCUCCCUCCUAUAAUUAUGGAUCACAACCGCCGCAGCAUGCUCGUAAGAGUAUGGAGAGGAAAUACUCAAGGAUAGCUGAUAACUACCAAACUUUGGACCAGGUUACUGCUGCCCUUGCACAAGCUGGCCUUGAGUCCUCUAACCUUAUCGUUGGUAUUGAUUUCACAAAGAGCAAUGAAUGGACAGGUGCCAGGUCAUUCAACCGCCGAAGCUUGCAUCACAUUGGGAAUGGUCAAAAUCCCUAUGAACAAGCUAUAUCAAUUAUUGGACAGAGCUUAUCUGCUUUUGAUGAGGAUAACUUAAUUCCCUGUUAUGGAUUUGGAGAUGCAUCAACACAUGAUCAAGAUGUCUUCAGUUUCUAUCCGGAUGAGAGAUUUUGCAAUGGAUUUGAGGAGGUGCUUGCACAAUAUAGAGAAAUUGUUCCCCAACUUCGACUUGCAGGACCAACAUCGUUUGCGCCCAUCAUUGAAAUGGCCAUGACUAUCGUCGAGCAAAGUGGUGGUCAAUACCAUGUUUUGCUGAUAAUUGCUGAUGGACAGGUGACUAGAAGUGUUGAUACACAGAAUGGUCAGCUUAGCCCCCAAGAGCAAAGGACAAUUGAUGCAAUUGUAAAAGCAAGUGAAUUCCCCUUGUCAAUUGUCCUAGUUGGGGUUGGUGACGGACCUUGGGACAUGAUGAGGGAGUUUGAUGAUAACAUCCCUGCUCGUGCCUUUGACAAUUUUCAGUUUGUGAACUCCACAGAGAUUAUGUCAAAGAAUAUGGAUUCAUCCAGAAUGCAGGCAGAAUUUGCUCUUUCAGCUUUGAUGGAAAUACCUUCUCAAUAUAAAGCAACAAUUGAGCUUGGAUUAUUGGGAAGAAGGAAGGGAAAUACUUCAGAGAGAGUUCCUCUUCCUCCUCCCAUUUAUGGUGCCUCUUCUUUCAACACCUCAAAGCCUUAUUCUCGCUCAAGCAGUUUUCAGAAGAAUGCAUCUCCCUAUUCUCGCUCAAGCAGUUUUCAGCAGAAUCCGUCUCCCUAUUCCCGCUCUAGCAGUUUUCAGCAAAAUGAACCUCCUUAUUCUGGAUAUGAUACCGCAGCUGACACAGCCACAGGCCCAUCUUCAAGCUCACUUUAUGAUCAUCAGGUUUGCCCCAUUUGUCUUGGUAAUCCCAAGGACAUGGCCUUUGGUUGCGGACAUCAGACUUGCUGCGACUGUGGAGAAGACCUCCAACUCUGCCCCAUAUGUCGGAGCACUAUCCAGACUCGAAUCAGGCUUUAUUGAUCAGCCUUCCUAAUCACAUUUUUGGGGAGGGCUAUAUCUCACCUGAUGCAUCGCUCUGGGGUGGGAAUGAAGUUGCAAUCACCAGCUAGACUGUGCUGCUAGCUUGAUGGAUGUUAAAAUAUUUGGCAUUAUAUGACUUAACAAUUUAAAGCUGUAAAGUGGGAAGUAAGGGAACACGGCCAAAAUAGGGCUCUUGCUACAUUGAAGGCUUUGCAGAUAACAAAUACUUUGGGAAUGGGGCUUAGAAGAGGAUGAGAAUUUUACCCCGUCAAAGCGAUUAAUGAACAUAAUCCUUUGUCGAAUCAGUAGUUGAAUAGGCUGAGAUCCUUAUAAUUUUUUUUUUUUGGCCUCUUGGUUUGUGUCUUCACAUCACGGAUAAUUUAGGGCUUGUGAACUGAAUAAAAACUCUGUGAAAAGUCCUUGUCUUGACAAUCAAAAUGUGAGCAAGAAGAAUGAUGACUGGCAACAAUAUCCAUCUAUUUUUUUCCAAUCAUAUUUAUGGUAUACUUUCUAAGGAGAAAAAAAGGGCCAAAAAUAUGGUACUGACACUAAAGUUGAAAAUUAAAUUUCUACCAUUUUCUCCCA